CUUUUAUUUUUUGCUUCUCUUAACAUUAUGGGUGUCACUACCUAUACUCAUGAGGCAUCAACCACAUUUGCCCCAACUAGGUUAUUCAAAGCUUUGGUUCUUGACGUAGACAACCUUAUUCCCACGUUGUUGCCACAAAUUGUUAACAACAUUGAGACUGUUGAAGGUGAUGGUGGUGUUGGAAGCAUCAAGAGGAUGAACUUUGUCGAAGAUGGUCCAAUAAAGUAUUUGAAGCACAAGCUUCAUGUGAUUGACGAUAAGAACUUGGUAACCAAAUAUUCACUAAUCGAAGGAGAUGUUCUAGGAGACAAAUUGGAAUCCAUUACCUAUGAUGUCAAAUUCGAAACUUCUGCAAAUGGAGGUUGUAUUUGCAAGACAUCGACUGAGUACCACACAAAGGGUGAUUAUGUAUUUAAGGAAGAAGAACACAAUGAAGGCAAAGAUAAAGCCAUGGAACUUUUCAAGGCUGUUGAAGACUACCUUCUUGCCAAUCCUACCGUCUAUGCCUAAAUGGUGUCCGAGUCAGUUUGCGUCCAGCUCGGUUAAUUUCACGAGAUACAUAAUUAUACCAUCAUAAUGUUUUG